CACGUUUAUCAACUCUAUUCUAUAUCCAUCCUAUCAUAUAUUAUUCUAAAAUAGUUUCUCAUAAGAGAAAGUUUCUAUUCAAUCCAUCCAACACUCUUCUCUGUCUUAUCAUCCAAAAAGGAUGAAAAAUUGUGGGAAACUGAAAGUGUCAUUGGAAUCAUAUUACGAUCACCACUCAUGAAUAUUGUUGAACAUAGAAACCAACCUAGUUUACAAACUAUGAAUUCGUCUCCUAGUGUGAUACCUCCUGACGUGGAGAAAAUCAUAGAAAAAACUGCAGUAUAUGUAGCUAAAAAUGGGAGCUCCUUUGAAGCGAGAGUAUUGGAAAUGAACAGAAAUAACCCCAAAUUCUACUUUUUAUUGGAAAGUGACCCUUUUCAUAGUUAUUAUUUACAAGUAUUACAAGAGAAAAGACGAUAUUUUGCUGGACCACCAACGACACCAACUUCAAGCACCAUAGGUAUGGACCAUUCCUUGGCACCAGGAGAAAGUCAACCCAACUUAAGAGGAGAAUCCAUAGCAGAAGCUGCUCCAGCAGUGUCUAAAGCAAAACUUUCAGAAAGAAAGGCUCAAGCUGCACGUCCCAUUCCUACACAACCUCCACCUGAAGAUGUAUUUACUGCUCAAGUACCAGAAGAACCACUUCCAACACCAAUGGAUGUUGACAUUAUGAAAUUAACAGCUCAGUUUAUAGCGAGGAACGGUAGAAGUUUUUUACAAGAGUUACAUUCGAAGGAAUAUCGAAACCCACAAUUUGAGUUUUUGAAACCAACGCAUCCUUAUUUCACUUUCUUUCAACGCCUGGUGGAUGCCUAUUCUAUCGUGAUUGCUCCCGAUGAUCAGAUGUUGGAAAAAAUCAAGGAAUCAGCUCAUUCUUUAGGAAAGGUAAUGGAAGACUUGUAUUAUCGUAUAGAUUGGGAUAUGUUACAAGAAGAAAAGAAAACGGAACAGAAUAGAAGUGCCGUGGAAAGAGUACAAAUGCAGAUGAUUGAUUGGCAUGAUUUUGUGAUUGUAGAAACGAUAGAUUUGGAUGAACGGGAGGUCAAUUUACCAGCACCCAUGGCUAAUGGCAACUUUUCAUCAUGGAAUAGAAGAACUGAGAUGAUGAAUGGAAAGCAAACCGAGUCUAGUAUGGAACAAGAUGAUGAUAUGGAAAUGGAUAUGCAAGAAGAAGAAGAAGAAGUGGAAGUUACAACAUAUACCGAUAUUCCGGCAGACAAGAUAAGGAAGGAUUAUCGGCCGAGAACAUCUUCUUCUAGCAAUGAAAAUAGGGAUUCUAUUGAAGUGACUUUACCAAGUGGUCAACGAGUUCCAGUGGAUCGAGCAAAUGAAAGUAUCAAAAUGGAACUAUUGGAUCCGAAAUACAAAGAGGAACGUCAAAGAGCCGCAGAGAAGAACAAAUAUCAGAAUUUGGCAUCCGAUGCAGAAGUGGCGAUGAACUUAGGAAGGCUAUCUGAUCAGAAACUGGAUAUAUAUAAUAGAGCAGAUUUACAAAAUGUGAUGGCAGAACGAAGAAUAGCAGAAGAUAGAAAGUCAGAAGAGUCUAUGGAGCAAGUAAAAGCUCCAGAGCCAACUGUUCAACUUAAACCUUCUUCUUUGUUAUGGGAAGCAUCUUCGUCUUGGGAUAAAGGAGAGAAUAUGAAUCCUGCUAGGAUGGAUAAUCAAGAAGAUAAUUCAGAAGAAGGAAUUCAAGUUCAUGUUCGAGUACAAUCACAUAGCAAUCAAGAAUGGAAUUUACGUGGUCAAACGAUAUCUUUACAAGUUCCUUAUCAAGCCACUCUUUUGGAUCUGAAAAGUACAUUAGCUCCGUUAGUGAAAUUGGCUCCCAAUAAGCAAAAAAUUUCGGCAGACAAUUUUGGAUAUUUAAAGGAUAAUCUUUCCUUGGCAGAUUAUCAGUUUUAUGAUGGAAUUGUGAUGUAUUUAGAAGUCAAAGAACGUGGAGGGAAAAAGAAAUAAACUUUUGCUUGGUUACAUUCUAAUAUUGAAUAUGGUAUAUCACGAAACACAGAAGUUUCAGUAUUGUGCCAUACACGCAGUCAAUGCCU